AUGUUGUGGGUAGCUGCUGGAGAUGGGGGCGAGGGUGUGACGGUGCAGGGUGUGACGGCGCAGGGUGUGACGGUGGCGGGUGUGACGGCGCAGGGUGUGACGGCGCAGGGUGUGACGGCGCAGGGUGUGACGGUUCAGGGUGUGACGGUUCAGGGUGUGACGGCUCAGGGUGUGACGGUUCAGGGUGUGACGGUUCAGGGUGUGACGGUUCAGGGUGUGACGGCGCAGGGUGUGACGGUUCAGGGUGUGACGGUUCAGGGUGUGACGGUUCAGGGUGUGACGGUUCAGGGUGUGACGGUUCAGGGUGUGACGGCGCAGGGUGUGACGGUUCAGGGUGUGACGGUUCAGGGUGUGACGGUUCAGGGUGUGACGGUUCAGGGUGUGACGGUUCAGGGUGUGACGGUUCAGGGUGUGACGGUUCAGGGUGUGACGGCGCAGGGCGUGGUACACGUGUGUGCAGCAGUCAACAGUGCCACCAGUCAACAGUGCCACCAGUCAACGGCACCACCAGUCAACAGUGCCACCAGUCAACAGUGCCACCAGUCAACGGCACCACCAGUCUACAGUGCCACUAGUCUACAGUGCCACCAGUCAACAGUGCCACCAAUCAACAGUGCCACCAAUCAACAGUGCCACCAGUCAACGGCACCACCAGUCUACAGUGCCACCAGUCAACAGUGCCACCAGUCAACAGUGCCACCAGUCAACGGCACCACCAGUCAACAGUGCCACCAGUCAACAGUGCCACCAGUCAACAGUGCCACCAGUCAACGGCACCACAAGUGUACAGUGCCACCAGUCAACGGCACCACCAGUCAACAGUGCCACCAGUCAACGGCACCACCAGUCUACAGUGCCACUAGUCUACAGUGCCACCAGUCAACAGUGCCACCAAUCAACAGUGCCACCAGUCAACGGCACCACCAGUCUACAGUGCCACCAGUCAACAGUGCCACCAGUCAACAGUGCCACCAGUCAACGGCACCACCAGUCAACAGUGCCACCAGUCAACAGUGCCACCAGUCAACAGUGCCACCAGUCAACGGCACCACAAGUGUACAGUGCCACCAGUCAACGGCACCACCAGUCAACAGUGCCACCAGUCAACGGCACCACCAGUCUACAGUGCCACUAGUCUACAGUGCCACCAGUCAACAGUGCCACCAAUCAACAGUGCCACCAGUCAACGGCACCACCAGUCUACAGUGCCACCAGUCAACAGUGCCACCAGUCAACAGUGCCACCAGUCAACAGUGCCACCAGUCAACGGCACCACCAGUCAACAGUGCCACCAGUCAACGGCACCACAAGUGUACAGUGCCACCAGUCAACAGUGCCACCAGUCAACGGCACCACCAGUCUACAGUGCCACCAGUCAACGGCACCACCAGUCUACAGUGCCACCAGUUAACGGCACCACCAGUCUACAGUGCCACCAGUUAA